AUGGCGCGGGAGAAAGUUGUGGUGGGCGAACCUCCGCGGCUUGCAUUUCUGCUUUUCGACAACCUUGACCGGUCACAAUGGUCGCGCAAACUCGCUGAAUCGCGAGGUGCCUAUGUCGCACUACGGGACCAUUUUUUGAAGUACAUCGAUCAUCCGGACGAUUUGCAGUCUACUGUUGAUCCGCUGGCGGAUGAUGAACAGUCCCCUUGGCAAACCCUCCGACAGGACGAGCAAUUGAGAGCCGAUAUAUCGCAGGAUGUCGACAGGUGCUUACAGGAGAAUUUCUUUUUCCGCGAACCCGCCACCAAGGCGAAGAUGAUCGAUAUUCUCUUUAUCUACUCGAAACUGAACCCCGACCUUGGCUAUCGUCAGGGGAUGCACGAAAUUCUGGCGCCAUUGCUGUGGGUUAUUGAUCGCGAUGCAAUUGACCCAGGGUCAGUGGAGGGAGUUGAACCGACGAACGAGCUUGAUGGGGUCUUACUUCAAUUACUGAACGCCGAUUAUGUGGAGCAUGAUUCGUUCGCACUCUUCUGUUCGGUCAUGCAGACCACCAGACUGUAUUACGAACAUGACAGGCACCGGUCUCCAGGGGGCCAAAUGGAUGUUAUUCCAAUUGUGAGCCAGUGUCAUCGUAUCCACGACGAGCUUUUGGUUACAACGGAUUUGGAGCUGGCGGGCCACCUCCAGGCUCUCGAAGUCCUCCCACAAAUUUUCCUUACCCGUUGGAUGCGUCUCCUAUUUGGUCGGGAGUUUCCAUUCCAAGAGGUGCUUGUUGUUUGGGACCGGCUCUUUGCUGAGGGACUGCGGUCAGAACUCGUGGACUUCGUAUGCAUUGCGAUGCUCCUACGGAUUCGCUGGGAACUUUUAAGGAGCGAUUCCUCAACUGUUUUAACAACACUGCUCCGCUACCCCUCUCCCCAGCCUCACGCACCACAGAGCUUUGUGCACGAUGCAUUGUAUCUGGAACAGGACCCAACUCCCGAGAGGGGAAGUUUCAUCAUCGCGAAGUAUUCAGGGAAACCGCCUGAUCUCAACAAGCGGCUCACCUUGCUGAAUGCCAAGCGGUCCCACCUCCGCGACGAUCUGCAGAGCACAAGCGAGUCAACGUCUCCCUCCAGGACCCCCGCAAGGAAUAGCCCGAAGAGUCUGGAAGCUUUGUUCCAGGACGUCUCGGAGGGCAUCCAUCGACGGACAGAAACCUGGGGCGUAGCCAAAGCUGUGCGCGGGGCCGUGAGCGAAGCUAAAAGAAACAUGCAGACGAUACAGGCAGAACACAGACCACCGACCACGAGGCAUACGAGUAUACCUGCAAUGGCUACCCCUAACGAACCGACCAACGAGCAAGUACCUCAGGGGACCCGAGAACUUGUCUACUUGCAGACUAAGUUAGACGCUCUUGAGGAGAGGAAUAAGAUGCUUGCGAAGAAACUAAGCCAUGCUUUGGACGAUAUUCGCUCGUCAGCCAAGAGCAGCGAGGCACAGGAGGCACCGACGGACGACUCCAUGAAGAAAGCCCUUGCCGAAAUCCAGUCCGUCCAGACAUGCCUUGAAGACCCUACUGCUCCCCUUGAACGCGAGACGCCUCCAGCUACAAGUCUUGGUUCGCGCCCUACAAAGCAAGAUUCUACAACAAGCCAACCCACGACUACCGAAUCUAAGCCCAAGGGUAGAAAGAAUGGGAAGGAGGAUUCCGCCGUGACACCUAAACAGCCCCAAACAUCAAUCAAACAUCAUCCCAAGACCAAAGCCACGGAGAUAAUGCCACGACGCCCAGAAUCCCGCCCACCAUUGGCAGAGUCAGAGUUUUCAUGGAUGCUGGGUGGCAGUCAACAGAUGUCGAAGUUCGUGAGCCCUGUGUCUGUCCCGCCCGAACAAAGCCGUCACGGCGAGACCAAGACCAAGAAGAAUACAAAGAAUUCCCUAUUUGGUAAUGGUGAAGAAGAACCAAAAGGCGCGAAGAAAGAACCGGAUAGUCUAGCUAUGGAGAGUCUUCGUGGCUCGAAAGGUCGGGACGAAUAG